ACGAGAGCUUUCCCACUGUCCUGUGAUUGGCUAGGUACCUGGAAGUGACGUAUUUAGCACGUCAGUUCUCAGAUACGCAGCUCCCCCUCUGGCACGAUGGAUGCUCUGCUUGUCAUUAUCAAAACAUUGUUAAAUGGCUGUGUCACGACCCCGCGCCGUAAUCCCUUACACAUUUGACCCGGAGUCUGACCCAGAGACAGAAGAUACUGUCGCAAGUGAAACACCUCCACAACAAAGACUGCUGCAGGACGCCUCAGAAUGGUGCACUUGUGGGAACUGCAUGACGAUGCCCACAGAAGGGGAGAACGUCUGCUGUAAAGAAACACUUAAGGUUAUCCGAAGAAUGAAUGAGCUUCCGGACACACCAACAUGCAUGACCUACCAUCCAGGCCUGGAGCCUAACUGUUUGAACCCAUACACACUGCAGAACAUGAACAACAUCUACCGGGCAGACUAUGGGCCUUUGCGGGGAAGAACAAUACACGAUCGCUACCGGCAUUUAGCAUACCGCAGCUUUGUCAGCUGGUGCUGGGGAUAUUUGGGACGACGUGUACGAGUUGUCAUCCCGUCGUGUGUUGUGUGCCGGAUACGCCAGGAGUUUCCUGAUUUGGCUGGACAAUAUGUUGGCUUCCGCCCACCCCUUGACUGA